AAUGUCUGAUAUCCAUUACCAAAUUGAUUCUUUUUUUCAUCUAACAAUAACAAUUGACCAAACAGUUCUUUUAAGAACUACUCUUCUUUCUCUGCCUUCUGUCUUCUUUCCCUUAUUUCUGUCUUCACCUUUUGUAUACCUGACUAUCAUUUAUGACAGGUGAGGCCAUUACAUUUCCAAAAUCUUACUAACAUAAGUUAAUUUGAACAGAACAUGCAAAAACUUAUCCAUGGGAAAAUGUUAUUCAACUUCUGAAAUAUAUUACCUUUUAUAUUUGAAUGAACAUUUAAUUUGCUUUUAUAAACAUGCCUUAGAAAAAACAUUACUAGUGUGCAUCUAGAGACAAAACCAUGGCACUGACAUAUUUUAAGAUGCUUUCAGUUAAAAUGCUCAAACAUGCAUUUUAGUCUGGGUCCAGCUUAAGCCUUGACUGUGAACCUGUGGGUUAAAGUUGUAAAUAUUAGUCCAGUGGUUCAAUUCAACAUCUUGUUCUCUGGCUUUAGGUAGGCGUAGGCAUUAGCUUUAAAAAAUAACAUUAUUGUCUAUACCUACAAAAAGGUUAAGUGGUUCAACAGUAAAUGCAUCUUUCUCUAUAUAAAAUAACACCCCCUUUUUUUUUCUUAAGCUCAAUUGCAAUAAAGAUGAUUCCAGGAUCUUGGAAGCUUGUUAAAAAUAAGUAUGCACUGUAUAUGGCGCUUAACUGGGAGUUUGACAUCACCCAGCAUGAUAUGGCCCAUAUCAGGAGGUGGUGGGUGAAUCUGAUCUUAUCCAAAAUGACACAUGCAAGAAAGAAGCGGUGCACAUCAGCCAUGUCAGAAGCAUUCAAGGAGACAAAACAGCAGGAGAAAGUGCAGAACAUAGGAAUCUUGAUGUUGCCAGAUGCUGUCCUGUCGGAAAUUCUUCUUCAUGUGGUCCUGGGGGAGGGUGAUGCUGCAUUGUUAAAUCUGUCUUUGGUUUGUUCCAAAUUCAGACGUCUUGUGGAUACAGACUCAUUUCGAAAGAGGGCACACUUCUGCUGGCUUGACAGUGUAACAAAAUGGAGAACGAAGUCUGAGCCAUGCCAGGAAUUUUUCAAAAUGUACACACUGCAGCCCUGCAGACACUGCAAUGAGGUUUACAAAAACUGCUUACCAGGCUAUGUUGGAAGAGGAAAGCGAGGAGAGAUGCAAGGCUUUUACUCAGAAAACACCCAUCCAGGCUUUUGCAGUGAUGAUUGCAAGAUGCUGGAGGAGUAACUCAGAAUAACUCCGUUCCAAUCUGAAAGUCUUGUAAAUACCUCAGGAUUAUUGUUAGUGAUUCUGGUUUCUGAUUAACAUUUUUGUUUACUUGCUUACGGGAUGUAUUUUAUACUGUUUACAUUGUAUAGCACUGACUUUGACAACAUACCAAGCCUGUUACAAAUUUAACCGCUACUUUAUUUAGAGAUAUAGAUAGAUAAACAGCUAUGUCGUUGUUUCCUGAAAAUAUAAC